AUGGACCAGUUUUAUAAGAAGCAAAACGAGUUGUCCGAGUUGAAUACCACCAAAAUGUCACUAAUCACCAAAAUGCAGAAGGAAGAGUUCAAGCUCCACAUCCUUAACAAAGAGCACGAAGAUCUCAAGCUCAAGGCAAUCAAAUUGGAGAAUACUAUCACGAACACAAGAGAAGAACGCAAGGCUACGGGCCAGGAGUACGAGCACAAGUACAAAAUCACAAAGCAGAAGCAUGUGCUUCAGCACGAGAGCCGAGUCAACCAGCUCAAGGAGAUUAUCAGCGAUAAAAUUGAGGAUAUCAUUAAAGCCAACACCAUGGAAUCAGAGAGGAAAAGGGUGUCCUUGAUUCAACAACAUGAACACCUUUCGAAAGAGAUCAAACUUCAGAACCAAAGUCUCAACAAAGCAUUAAUCAAGCUCAAAGAAAUCCAUAACAAAAACUUGAUAGGGCUUGAAAAAACCAUGAAGGAGAAUAUCGAUACCCUAAGACAAACAAUAGAAUCAGUAGAAACAAGCAUAAGUGAGAAACAAAAACAAUUACUGGCACUCCAACUGGAAUUACAGAACUUGAAUAAAAGUAGUGCUAGCUUGGAUCAAUCGUUAGAUCAACUCAAUUCCAAAUUCUUAGAUAAGGAUAACGAGAUACAAGUGCUACAAACAAGAAUCAAAACGAAACAAGAGGAGAUCGAUCAACUUGAAACUUCCUGCUCUAACAAAGCAAACCAGAUUGAAGUGUUGAAUGAAGAGACUAAAAGAAUGGAGUCGAGGAUAGACCAGCAAGAACUCGCUAGAAGGCAAUUGCAUAACAAACUACAGGAACUAAAGGGCAAUAUACGUGUAUUUUGCCGUAUUCGUCCGGUAUAUUCAAAUGCUCCUUUGUCCAUUAUGGAAGUCCCAGAUGAUGAAUUGAACGAGGAAGCCAACCAAGAGUUAGUUCUCACCAAAGAUGACAGAAGAUCAAGCAAUAGCACUAGCAAAGCUAGCCAGUCAUAUAAGUUUCAGUUUGAUAAAAUAUUUCUGGUCAAUCUGACGAACGAGAUGAUUUUCGAAGAAUUAUCUCAAUUGAUUCAAUCAUCGCUAGAUGGUUUCAAUGUAUGUGUUUUUGCUUAUGGACAGACUGGAUCUGGAAAAACUUAUACAAUGUCAUCGCCAAAAAAUGGGAUGAUCCCAUUAUCCAUUAACAAAAUUUUCGAGGAUAUAGAGGAGUUGCGCUCGAAUGGAUGGAAAUAUUCUCUACAAGGUCAAUUCUUGGAAAUUUAUAAUGAUUCUAUUGUUGACCUUCUCGCUCCGUCCAAUCAGGACCUCAAACACGAAAUCAAGCAUGACGAAACUGAAGGACAGACUACAAUCACCAACACCGUUUGUGUGGACUUGACCUCAAUAGGCCAGGCUCAUCAGAUACUUGAUAAGGCAGUAAAAAAUAGGUCCACUGCGAGCACCCUAGCAAACGAAAGAUCAUCGAGGUCGCAUUCCAUAUUCAUAUUGAAACUCAGAGGCGAAAACCUUAAGACUGGGGAAGUGAGCAAUGGGACAUUAAACUUAAUAGAUUUGGCAGGCUCCGAGAGGCUUUCUUCGUCGCAAGCAAAAGGAGAUAGAUUGAAAGAGACGCAGGCAAUCAAUAAAUCUCUUUCCUCCUUAGGUGAUGUUAUUUAUGCUUUGGGACAUAAACAACUGCAUUCGGGGUCUCAACACAUACCUUACAGAAAUUCUAAGUUGACCUAUCUUCUCAAACAUAGCCUUGGAGGAUCGUCCAAGACUUUGAUGUUUGUAAACAUCUCACCUUUGGAGGCCAAUUUUAAUGAGACGAUCAAUUCAUUGAGGUUUGCAACGAAGGUCAAUACCACUAAGUUGAGCUAG